ACAGGAUACUAGAGAGCCUCCCCAGCCCCCCCUGCCCAUAGAACCUGUUUCCCAGCAGCAGGGCUUGCCUUCCUGUCUCCAGCUGCAAAGCAGCAAAGGCAAAGCUUUGCAAGAUUUCGUCUCCCUGCACACAUCACGCCUCUCUGUUCCAGGGGGUCGUCGUCGCCGCCCUCAUUUAUUCCUCCUGGGUGUUGUUGUUGAGACGGUGCCCUGUAGAGACUCAACGUACGAGCCUGGAGGGGCUCACCAAAUCAGCUGAUGGUCUUUGAGCAGACCUCUGCUUCCCUAUGCCUGCACAAACUCUGCGGUGGAAAAAUGUCAGUACUGAUCUGCCUUGCAAGGUUGUUGUUGGACUACCCAAAAGAAUGCAGAAGCUCAACACGCUUGUUUCAAUCACAAGGAUCUGUUGUAGAGUUUUCUUUAUUGUGACCCCCUCUGUGAGGUUACCUCAAGAUGAAAAUGGAGGAGCAAGAUCCUGCAAACCUUGCUGUAGAGAAGAGGUUGGAAGAAAUCGGGACAAGCCACCAUGUCCUCCAGGCUGGGAGCAUUGGGGAGUUCUCCCAGAGGAAACCAGGAGAUUCCGUGAAGCAGGAGCCACGAGAGGGGCUUCUUCAGCAGUGGGAAGUCCAGUGGCAGGAGUUCCUCAAGACAGUAGAGUUCCCUCUCUCAAGAUGGGCAAUUCCACAACUGCCAGAGAAACCUUCCCCAUGGGAGGACACCAAGGCCUUCCUGGCCUCCUUUGAGCAAGUGGCUGAAGCCUGUCAGUGGCCCAGAGAAGAAUGGGUGACGCAACUCCUACCAGCCCUCAGGGGAGAAGCCGAACAGACCUUCAGCAGCCUGGAUGCCCAAGACAGAAAGGAUUAUGGGAAAGUAAAGGCAGCCAUCUUACAAGGGGACACUAUCAACAGGGAGAAGAUUCGCUUGCACUUCCGAUGUUUCUGCUACCAGGAGGCUGAGGGGCCACGGGGUGCUCUUAGUCGACUCCAGGAACUCUGCCGUCAAUGGCUGAAGGUCGAGAGGCACUCAAAGGAGCAGAUCUUGGAGCUCUUGAUCCUGGAGCAGUUCCUGACUGUCCUCCCGCCAGAGAUCCUGAGCUGGGUCAAAAGGUGCAACCCAGAGACCUGCUCCCAGGCAGUAACCCUGGCAGAGGAGUUCCUGUUGAGGCAGCGAGAGACUGAGAGGCAGGAGAAAGAGGUGCCCUUGGAGGAGGCAGUUGGGAGCAUCUUUGAGGCAGGCCGGGUUCCAUCUGAGAAUGACCAGAUGCAGCUCUCAAUAGAUGUCAAGGAAGAAGAGGAGGGAGAUGCAAGUCUGCUAGAGGAAGAUCAUCUGAAUGAGGAGGCUGCCAGAGAGACUUUGUCAGAAAGAGCUGAGAGUGAGGAGCUGAAAGAGAAUUUCUGGAAUCCAGAUGUACCAGAAAACCAGGAAGAAAACCUUACAGAAAACAGGAUGGAUGAAUCCUUCCCUUGUCAGGAUGAGGGCUUUCAUGAAUUCACCAUGCAACCAGCAAAGCAAGCAGACAAGAUAAGGAACCAAUAUCUCGAUGUUAAUUGGGGACUUCCCCCAGAGGAGACAUUGGACCAAAAUCAGGGGUUGUGUUCAGAAAGUGAAACACUCUGGAAAGGAGAGAAACGUUAUAAAUGCUCAGAAUGUGGAAAGAGUUUUAGCAAGAGCACACACCUGAUUAGACAUCAAAUCAUGCACACUGGGGAGAGAGGAGGCUAA